AUGGGAGCUGGUUAUACUUUGACAGCUACCAGUGCGGUAGGUGACGAUAUCAUUCGUAUUGUCACACCAGCUGUUACAACAGCCGGACGUACUGCAUUAGGUAUUGGAAUGUUUAGCAUCGGUUUGGUUCUGUCAGCUGGUGUUUGUGCUUGGUCGGCCAUCAGGAAUGGCAAGCAUAUCUUUAGUUAUGUAAACCGUAUUUGUGACGAUCUUAUUGUGGUGAUUGAUGGAGUGAUAGCGUCAGUCAUUGAAUGAAAAUGAAGACGAGUGUUGCCAGAGCCGUUCUAGAAAUAUUGAGCUUGAAUGUAUUUCAAAAUAUUAAUCUUUUACUUCCCAUUGAUCACUGGAGUGGCCAUCUAUAGCAAUGUUACAAAAUUUCAACAAACACGAAGUUGUAAUACAUUAAUCGGCGUUACUUUUACUCUAUAUUGUAGCUCGAACAAAAGGCAUGUUGCAAGAGCAUUUUUCCAUACUAUUGAUAUGCAUAUUCUAUCCUAUUAAUACUCAUACGAAUUUUAUUACUGACAUCAUUUCAAGCUUUCUUUUUAAUAAAAAACUAUAUUCAAGAGCUAUAGUACUAUAGACGAAGAUAUGACUGUGGAUGUCGUGUGUGAAUGUGGGUAAGAAAACAAUAGUUCGUACCAUGCUCAUUUCUGAUUUUCUCAGAAUCCGAUGGCAGAAUUUCACACAGGUCCUUAGGAUCGAAAGGUGUGAGAAACUCGACAAAUAUACGAGACAAAUUUCUUCAGCCCUAUCUCCAUCGGAUUCAAGAAUGACAUCAUGAAGUGAAAUUCGAUUGUUUAAAAAAUUUCUCAUUUCCUUUCUAGGCAUAAUAAAACGAUUCGUCAAGGAAUAAAAUCCUAUUUUUCAUUAAAAUGCUUAUGAUUAUGUCAAAAAUAUUCUAUAUAGAUCAUAUUUGACUUACAAUUUCACAAAUCUUACAAUACAGUGUGUCCCACAAGCUCCUUCCUAAAAGUUUUUUCAAACAUCUUUACUACUUUAUUUAACUUUAUCGACAAACUUCUUUUUAAAUUAAAGUUGGAUACACCAAGUUUUAUUUUCGAUGGACGAAUUCCAAAAGUACCCUUCAAGAGUAUCACCUUUGAUCAAUAUACAAAAAAUUACUUUUCUAUUUCUGGAAAAACACUAUACAGUAUUUCUUCCUGUAUUAUUUUUAUUUUUUGAACUCUUCUGACCUUUAAAUCGUCCAGGUCUCGAAUAGUCUCUUGAUAGAUAUUUGUUGUGAAGUCGGUUUGUAAGCGAACCUGUGGUAUUUUGAAUCAAAGUAACCGUUGUGCCAUCAUGGAACCUUCAAUGAAGUCAUCAAACUUAUAGUGUGAAGUAGGGGAGAGAAGUUACCGUUACCAGUCCGUUACGUUACCACGUAACGGGUAACGGAAAAGUCCUGACUUCAGUCAGAAGAUAGUCUAUAUAGCUUUUCAAGACCUAUCUAGGGUCAGUCCCUGUAGGUUUUCAAUACCUAUCUAGAACAAGUCCUUAUAACUUUUUGAGAGCUAUUUAUGGGCGCUCCUGUAUAGUGGCGAAUUCUAUAACUUUUCAAGCCCUAUCUAGAUGUGUGGGUGUGGGUUUAGGUGGGUGUGAGUGUCGGUGUGGAUGUGGGUGGGGUUGAGUGUGGG